CCCGGGAUGACGGGUUAGAUGGUGCAGGAACUAAAGGGCAGCGCCUCUCCCCAGGACACCCGCUCCGCGCGGGCAGCUUCGCCCGGACCCCCGGAUUGGGUGGGGAGGGGCAGCCGGACGGGGCGGGCCGGAGGCUGGCGUCCCCGCCUCCCCAGCAUUCGGCUCGCCGCGUCGCUCAGUCCUCCCGCUUCCUUUCCUUCUCGCACCCCUCCUUCCUUCCUUCCUUCCGCCGGGAGCGAUGGAGCCGGGGCGCCGAGCGGCCGCGGCGCUGCUGGCGCUGCUGUGCGCUGGCUGCGCGCUGCGCUCAGGGCGCGCCCAGUACGAGCGCUACAGCUUCCGCAGCUUCCCUCGGGACGAGCUGAUGCCGCUCGAGUCGGCCUACCGGCACGCGCUGGACCAAUACAGCGGCGAGCACUGGGCGGAGAGCGUGGGCUAUCUGGAGAUCAGCCUGCGGCUGCACCGCCUGCUACGCGACAGCGAGGCCUUCUGCCACCGCAACUGCAGCGCGGCGCCGCAGCCCGAGCCCGCCGCCGGCCUCGCGCGCUACCCGGAGCUGCGCCUCUUCGGGGGCCUGCUGCGCCGCGCGCACUGCCUCAAACGCUGCAAGCAGGGCCUACCGGCCUUCCGCCAGUCGCAGCCCAGCCGCGAAGUGCUGGCCGACUUCCAGCGCCGAGAGCCCUACAAGUUCCUGCAGUUCGCCUACUUCAAGGCAAAUAAUCUUCCAAAAGCCAUUGCAGCUGCUCACACCUUUCUACUGAAGCAUCCUGAUGAUGAAAUGAUGAAGAGAAACAUGGCUUAUUACAAGAGCCUGCCCGAUGCCGAGGACUACAUUAAAGACUUGGAAACCAAGUCGUAUGAGAGCCUGUUCAUCCGAGCCGUGCGGGGGUACAACGGUGAGAACUGGAGGACAUGCAUCACGGACAUGGAGCUGGCCCUUCCUGACUUUUUCAAGGCCUUUUAUGAGUGUCUCGCUGCCUGCGAGGGCUCCCGGGAGAUCAAGGACUUCAAGGAUUUCUAUCUUUCCAUAGCAGAUCAUUAUGUGGAAGUUCUGGAAUGCAAAAUACAGUGUGAAGAGAACCUCACCCCAGUUAUAGGAGGAUAUCCAGUCGAGAAAUUUGUGGCUACCAUGUAUCAUUAUUUGCAGUUUGCUUAUUAUAAAUUGAACGACUUGAAGAACGCAGCCCCCUGUGCGGUCAGCUACCUGCUCUUUGACCAGGACGAUAAGGUCAUGCAGCAGAACCUGGUGUAUUAUCAGUACCACAGGGACAAGUGGGGGCUCUUGGAGGAGCAUUUCCAGCCCAGACCAGAAGCAGUUCAGUUCUUUAACGUGACGACACUCCAGAAAGAGCUGCAUGACUUUGCUAAGGAAAACAUAAUGGAUGAUGAUGAGGGAGAGGUUGUGGAGUAUGUGGAUGACCUCUUGGAGCUGGAGGAGACCAGCUAGCCCCCAGCAGCCAGAGAGACUUCCUCUUGAUGUUCAGGAAACAGAUUCUUUGUCUUCCUUUUCCUAAUAGUACAAGUUGUUGAUACCUCGGAGCCUUCUCUUUACUCUGUGAAGUGAAAGAGAAGCCCCCAUCUCUCACUACAGCUAACCAGGGGUGAGCCUGCCUUCCACGUGUCCAUACCUGCCCCCACUCUUCACACCUGCCCCCGCUCUUCACACCUGACCCCCAUCUUCACACCUGCCCCCCCUCUUCACACCUGCUUCCCAUCUUCACACCUGCCCCCCUUCACACCUGCCCCCCUUCACACCUGCCUCCCCAUCUUCACACCUGCCCCCCCUCUUCACACCUGCCCCCCAUCUUCACACCUGCCCCCUUCACACCUGCCCCCCAUCUUCACACCUUCCCCCUUCACACCUUCCCCCUUCACACCUUCCCCCUUCACACCUGCCCCCUUCACACCUGCCCCCAUCUUCACACCUGCCCCCCUUCACACCUGCCCCCCAUCUUCACACCUUCCCCCUUCACACCUGCCCCCCUUCACACCUGUCUCCCCCUCUUCACACCUGUCUCCCCCUCUUCACACCUGUCUCCCCAUCUUCACACCUGCCCCCCAUCUUCACACCUGCCUUCUCCAUUUUUAUACCUGCCUUCUCACCAUUUUGGUUAGAAGGACAGUUUUCCAUGGAUAGUUUUUUUCUUUUCCCAGAAAAUCAGUAUUAUUUUUUAAAUAAGAAAAAUACUCCUAAAAGGUGAUAAUUAUAAAAACCUACUCUAGCCUUUCUGCUUUUCCACAUUUUGGUUUUGUUUCUCCCCAUCCCCUAAUCCAGCAAAGAUGGUGAGGACAAAGGUUAAACUUCUCCUCAUGAUGGUCUGUACACGGUCUGACCUGCAUUUUUUCUGGCGCCCAUUGAAAAAGAAGUUGGGUAGACAGGGUCGAGUACAGAAAUGUGGCUUUUGCCCAACACUUUCACAUGUCCAAAGUCUUACAAUGGUUGGUAGAUCCCAUCUGAGGACAGUGCUCAGCCGUUAGUCUCAGAGUUGGGAAUGGAAGGAAGCAGAGGGAAGCUAGUUUCAUUCACUCUUUCAACAAAUACUUACUGAGCACCUACUACGUGCUAGGCUUUUACCUGGGCACUGGAGAUACUGCACAAAAAAACAGAAAAAAAAAAGUCCCUGCCCUCACGGAGCCUACAUUCUUCAGGGAAAGACAGACAACAGAUAAACAAAAAUAAAUAUGUACAAGGCAUCAGAGGGUGAUCAUUGCUAUGGAGAAAAAUUAAGCAGGGAAGGGGGUAAGGAGGCCUGGAGAUGAGGCUGCAGUUUUUGUUUUGUUUUUUGAAUUUUUUGGCCGCAGCGCAUGUGGGAUCUCAGUUCCCCAACCAGGGAUCAAACCCAGGCCCCCUGCAGUGAAAGCAUGGAGUCUUCACCACUGGACCGCCAGGGAAGUCCCAAGGCUGCAGUUUUAAAUAGAGUGGUCAGGGAAAGCCUCAGCAAGGUGACAGCAGAGCAGAGACCUAGGGAAGUGGGUCUCAGGGCAGAGCAUUCCAGGCCAGAGGGGGCAGUGCGUGCAGUGCCCAACUGUGGGGAUGCGCUUGUGUGGGCCGGGGACAGUAAGGAGGCCCAGGGGAGGCGUGGGCCAGGGGCAGAAUGGAAGGAGGUGAGGAUAAGUGUGUGGGUGGGAGGGUGGAUGGCUCAGCCUUGCCGGCCAGCGUAAGACCACUGGCUUCUGCCCUGAGUGGGGUGGGAGCUAUGGAGCAGAGCGGAGCCUGCGCUGACUUGCGUCUUACAGGGAGCCACGCCAGCUGCCAUCCUGUGAGAAACCUGGAAGCGAGCAAGGCUAGAAGCAGGAAUACCAAUUAGGGGAUGGCUGCAAAAAUCCAGGCAAGGGGGAUGCGGGCUCAGCCCCAGGCGGUAACAGGAGAGACAUGGUGAGGAGUGGUCAGAUUGCGGAUUUUUUUUGAAAGCAGGGCCGAUAGGAUUUGCUAACAGAUUGGCCGUAGAGCAUAAGAGGGAAAAAGAGAGAGGCUCGAGGUGACCUCGAGGUUUUGGGCCCGAAGCACGGAAAGGAUGGAGUUGCCAUUUCCUGAGAUGGGGAAGAUGGCUGGGUGGGUAAGUAAGGCAUUCGGUGCCAAGCAUCUGUCUGAGGCUGGGAUGCCAGGUUCAGGCUGCAAAUCAAAUUGGAGCGUUUUCUCAGGUGAGGUCAUUAGCAGAGCCUAAGUCAGGGAUCCAGUGGGGAGUGGGUCCCAGGGCGGGACUGCAAGGCAGGCGGGGCCCGUGCUUGGGUGCCCUGCCCCAGGACCCCAUCAGUGGAGGCUCUGGACCCACACACGCUUGAGCCUCCUUGAAGCUCCGGGCUGCGGCUCUUGCCGGCUGUACGAGGACAUGCAAGGAGGCCUGACUCUGUCCACCUCUCUGUGCCCACAGAGCUUCCCUCUGGUCCUCCCCCUCGGAGCCCGGGUGAGCUUUCUGUGGGUGAGGAUGUUCCCCACAGGGUUGCCUGGUGGUGGGCGGAGGUUCUCCUUCACUGUCUGAGGUUGGCCUCUUUUCGCUGGGGACUGAAAGCGCCUCCACCCCCAUCCUAGCGAUGUCCCCUGGGAGAGAAACCCUGGGGACAGUAGGAUCAACACCGUCAGCACUUUGCUUUGCUUGAAGGCUGUGGAACCAAAUUACUAAGUUUUUACUUCGAAAGAAGCCAAACCAAUUAAAUGAAAAAAAAAAAAAAAGUGGGGCGAUUCUUCCAAAACCACCAUGAAAAAACCCCAGCUCGCAGGCUGCAUUCAGCGACCUCAGCCCAGUACCUCCCUGAGCGGGUUUUCUUGGAAGAACCUAGAAGUAUCCUGGAUUGAGACCUUGUGGGCUCAGCAUUAGUCUGGCCUGUCUUUUGAAAAAAACAAAACAAAACAAGACACAUUUGUAAGCUUUGUGGGAGCUUCCAGACCGAGACGAGGAUGCCUUGCUUGUCCUCUGACCCACCUGCACGCAGCCCCACGGGUACUGUUAGGUUUCCACCCAGGGAGGCUGCCCACCACGGGGCAGGGGGUUCUCUCCAGCCCCAAUGCCUCUCAGGCAGCCCAGGCAGGGGCCUACACUGGGGAGGGUCUCAAGGCACCCCCUGCACCUCUGUUAAUGUUCACACUUUACCUUAGCAGGGAAGGGCUGGGGGCAGGUUUGUGUGUACCUAAAGGUUUAAAAGCAACUGAUGGACUGAAAUGUUGUACAUACCACGCUAUUCAAUGUACUAAUAUCUUUCUGAGUUUGAGGCUUUCUAGUUAACUGCCACUAACCUGUUGUGCUCACCUCUGGGAUCCAGAACCACUGGGUCCGUUGCCCACAAAUGCCGCCUUCGGAAACGUUGCUUUUAGGAGUUCUUACUAAGGGAAUUUUAAGAGCACAAAAAUUUUAUUGAACCAAACUCAGUGGCAAACAGAAAAUGAUUUGUUAGAUUGUCAGUGGGAAAGAGUUUAUUAUGACUGCUGGUGGAAUCAACAGUGGCCCGUUUCUGCCAACACUGAUGGAAAUAACGUUUUUAAGUUUUAAAUGUGAGAUGUAAACCUAAACUACUUCAGUUUUU